UCCUCACUCGCUCCCUGUGGGAAUCAGUGCCUGGAUCUCCCUUGGAAUGGAUCAACCUCCAUCCCCCCCCACCUCUGGAUUUGCCUCGGGGACCUGGAUAGCCCCAGGGUCCCCCUACACCAACAGCACAGCCAGGGGGGCACCCCUGGAUUGGAGGGGGAAUUCUGGUGUGGUUGAAGUGUGUUGGCCUAGGGGUGUUAAAUCCCUGGGCCGUUGGGAUAUCUGGAAAAUCCCGGAGUUCAUUUGGCUGCUGGCUCAGGGUGCCGAUGCCUGGCUUGUCCUGAGGUCCCCCCACCAGCAGCACAGCCACGGGGACCCCUGGGUGACACGGGGGCUGCUGCCCACGGGAUUGUGGUGCCUGAGGGGCCUUAAAUCCUGUGGGAUGUUUGGAAACCCCCAAAUUUAACCAGGCUGCUCGGCCUGGGAGGUGACACUGGGCAGUUUUGGGGGGGGGAGUGUGGGGAGUCCAUCCCACCCUCACAUCCCUCCCCUGCCCUUCCCAGCUACCCCCCCCCAGGAGCCAAAACCCAGCAGGGUGAUAUUCCCGGCGGGAAAUUCGGGUGUUCCUUGCCCUGAUUUCCUUCUCUCUUGCUCUCCCCUCACCCCUCCAGCUCCACUGCGACCCCCCGGCGCUGCCGCCCGUCCUUUGAGCUGCCCCCACCCACCCCUUUUCAUGCCCACCCCUCCUCGGGUGCCCACCAGCUGGAUGCCGACCCCUCCGGAGGCUCAGGAUGCUCCGAGUGCCUCGGUGAGCAGCGGGACGGGGGUGCAGCCACCGCCUCGCCCGGACCCCCCGCGCUGCCCCUCGGGUGGGCGAGUCGUUUUCUCCUGAGAAAGAGCCCAACCAGGUGAUCAAAAUAGAGACCCUCAAGGUGACAGUCGACUUCUUGAAGGUGCCCCUGGGCCUGAAGAAGCCCCCCCUGAAGGAGGCCCUGGCCGCCGUCCCGGGGCCGGGGAGAUCCAAACCCCUGGAGCGGCACAAGCCCCGGCGCUCCGACAACAUGGACAAUGAGUCGCAGUACUCGGGAUAUUCCUACAAAUCCGGGCAUUCCCGCAGCUCCCGCAAGCACAGGGACCGGCGGGACCGGCAUCGCUCCAAAAGCCGCGACGGGAGCCGGGGGGACAAAUCCGUGACCAUCCAAGCGCCGGGAGAGCCCUUGCUGGACAACGAGUCGACACGGGGGGACGAGAGGGAUGACAACUGGGGCGAGACCACCACGGUGGUGACGGGGACGUCGGAGCACAGCAUCUCCCACGAUGACAUCACCCGCAUCACCAAGGACAUGGAGGACAGCGCCCACCUGGACUGCUCCCGCCACCUGGGCGUGGCGCUGGCCGGGGCGCUGGCGCUGCUGGCCUUCCUCACGCCCCUCGCCUUCAUGCUCCUGCCCCAGCUGCUGUGGCGGGAGGAGCUGGAGCCCUGCGGGACGCCCUGCGAGGGGCUCUUCAUCUCCGUGGCCUUCAAACUCCUCAUCCUCCUGCUGGGCAGCUGGGCCCUGUUCUUCCGGCGCCCCAAAGCCUUCUUCCCGCGCGUCUUCGUCUUCCGGGCGCUUCUCAUGGUGCUGGUCUUCCUGCUGGUGGUGUCCUACUGGCUCUUCUACGGCGUCAGGAUCCUGGACUCGCGGGACCGCAACUACCAGGGCGUGGUGCAGUACGCCGUGUCGCUGGUGGACGCCCUGCUCUUCGUGCACUACCUGGCCGUGGUGCUGCUGGAGCUGCGCCAGCUCCAGCCCCAGUUCACCCUCAAGGCCGUGCGCUCGGCCGACGGCGCCAGCCGAUUCUACAACGUCGGCCACCUCAGCAUCCAACGAGCGGCCGUGUGGAUCCUGGAGAACUACUACCACGAUUUCCCGGUCUACAACCCCGCCCUCCUCAACCUGCCAAAAUCCGUCCUGUCCAAGAAAAUGUCCGGCUUUAAGGUCUAUUCCCUCGGCGAGGAGAACUCCACCAACAACUCCACGGGGCAGUCCCGCGCCGUCAUCGCUGCGGCCGCGCGGCGCCGCGACAACAGCCACAACGAGUACUACUACGAGGAGGCCGAGCACGAGCGCCGGGUGCGCAAACGCCGCGCCAGGCUGGUGGUGGCGGUGGAAGAAGCUUUCACCCACAUCAAGAGGCUGCAGGAGGAGGACCAGAAGAACCCACGGGAGAUCAUGGACCCCCGGGAGGCUGCCCAGGCCAUCUUCGCCUCCAUGGCCCGGGCCAUGCAGAAGUACCUGAGGACCACCAAGCAGCAGCCCUACCACACCAUGGAGAGCAUCCUGCAGCACCUGGAGUUCUGCAUCACCCACGACAUGACGCCCAAGGCGUUCCUGGAGCGGUACCUGACGGCCGGGCCCACCAUCCAGUACCACAAGGACCGCUGGCUGGCCAAGCAGUGGACGCUGGUCAGCGAGGAGCCGGUGACCAACGGCCUGAAGGACGGCGUGGUCUUCGUGCUGAAGCGCCAGGACUUCAGCCUGGUGGUGAGCACCAAGAAGAUCCCCUUCUUCAAGCUCUCCGAGGAGUUCGUGGACCCCAAGUCGCACAAGUUCAUCAUGAGGCUGCAGUCGGAGACCUCCGUGUGAGCUGAGCAGGGGGUGUGGAGAGGGGGGUGUGGCUGGGAGACCCUCCCUGCUCCCCUCCAUCCACGCCAGGGCUCGUGGAGGUCACCUUGGAGGGGCUCACCGAGGACUUUGGUGGUCCAGGACCCAAAGGACCUUGGGCAGAACUCCAGGAAGCGGCUCCGGCGCCAACCCAGGCUCGGGGUCACCCGCCCUCCACCUCAUCACGGCCCCCCUUGGGGUGGGCUGAGCCCUUCCUCCUUCUCCUCCUCCUCCUCCUCCUCAUCCUCCCUGAAACCCAGGGCCUUGUAGCAUCUCCCCAGCACGGCCAGGAAGGGGUGACGGUGACCCGGUGGCCACAACUCAAGGGCUAAUCCCAAACCUUCUUCACCAGCGUCUCGGAGCAACCGCCGGGUCCCACCAGGAUCUUCUGCUCUUGCUCCCGUUUUCCUCCUGUCCUGGCUGGCUCUGGCCUUAAACCACUUCAAGCCCGGCCUUUGGGGCUGGAUUUUUUUUAAUCCUAGAGAUUUUUUUUUGGGGGAGGGGAGGGAGGGAAAGGGGGAGAGUAUUUUGCGAACACCUCCACAUUCCAUGGCUGCUAUGAAAAACCUUCCCCCGGCGUUCCAGGACACUCCGGGCUGGAGGAGCCUUCCUCCUCGCCUCUGCUGAUGGGUUUUUUAGCAAAAACGAGUGGAAAUCUGAUUUUUUGUUGUUUUUUUCCAGUGAAGCAGGAGGUUGGUUUGGGUGUUUUCACAGCAGGGGGUUGGUUUUUGGUGUUUUCACGUGGGUUCUGCUGCUCUCCACGUUCCUGCUUCCAGCAGCACCUCCGUGGGGCUUCCCGGUGCACUUGGAGCUGGAAUUGGAGGCAAAGCAGCUUCAAACAUCUCCUGGGGUCCAAGUCCUGGAUCUGCAAACCCGAGAGGCUCCUGGGAAGGGGUCAACAAGGUCCUUCAUUACCGUCCCUACGUGAUUCCCACAGAAUUAUUCCCGUCGGGACGUGACAAAAUUUGCCUCCUCCUGCUUUCUGUCAAGGUUCUCAAAUACCUCAUGGAUUUAUUUUCACUCUUUCACGUUUUCCCACCAGAUCCCACGUCCAGCCACGCCACGGGGGGGUCCUGUGGGGCACCCGUGGGAGUGGGGGGCUGGUCCUGGUAGGGUUGAUUUGCUCAUGGAGGUGCUGAUUUCAUUCCGAGGAGGCUCGGCUUGGGUUGGAUUUGGGGUUGGUUUUAUCCUAAGCACUAAAAAGGUGGGAAUUUGAGGGGGGGGGAGGUGGGAAGAGAGGGGAGGGGCUUUCCCUGGUGCUGGAGGGGUCCAACCCCACCCAAGCUCUCGCUGCUCGGGGCUGGCCUUCCCGAAUUCCAGGAAAUCUCCAUUUUGGGGGAAUUUUUAACCCCUCCUGCUGCUCCCCUCGUCUUCAGCCUCAUGAGGCUGAAGGACCCAAUUCCAAUUCCACCCCCCUAGCAGGGGCCCAUUUUUGGGGUGUUUUACUACAAAAAGAAAGAUUUCAGCAGUCAAGUAGAAGGGUCAGCCAGGGAGGGAGGGGAUUUUUCCACUUGUGAGUUUAAGAAGAAGAAGAAGAAGAAGAAGAAGAAAAGCCUUUUUUUGUUGUUUUUUUUGGGUCCCUUCUUGGGGUUGGUUCGAUUCUCUUUUCAGCAGAGCCCAGACCUUGUGCAUGCGUGUAGAAAGUUGUAAAAUGUAAAAUUGUUUUUUAAUAUAUAUAAAAAGCUCGGG